GUGCUGCGAGAAGAGUAUUAUCGUCAUCUUACGGACUUCAACGACGAGGAGCUAGUAGCAUCUUGGAAAAGGCAGGUGAUCGAAUGUACCAUGCUGGUUGAUGACUCCACUAUGCGUGUCGUGAUCCUUGCCUUCACGCUAGACAUGACGGACUUCCUGCAAGUCCAGUUUUACUAUGAGUACAUUGAGGAUGAG